AUGAACUCCAACAAGCACACGCGGCGUGACUUGCGUUUUUUUUAUUCGAUUCAUCCGGGUGCACAAAACGCUCUCUUACUAGAACUAUCGUUCAACCAGCGUCCUCCAGCAGCUGGGAACCGUGUUUCGCUCCGCAGCUUCAUGGCGACCGUUUUCGGCGAGUCGGGCCCAACAAAUGUGGAAGUUCUAAACCAUCCCACCCGGCGUAAGUCGAAGGGGACGGCAGGGCCGCCAGGCCCGAGCAGGCGCAUGUCCGCGGACAGCGCGGCCGUGGCGGCAGAGGCAGGGGACCACUUCGAGAUGAUGCCUCCCUCUGGUGCCCAGGCCCCUAGGCUCCCACAGCGGCCAACGAUGGUGCAGGCACCGCUUAGCUCCGGUAGCGACAGGGGAAGGGGCAUCGAGAGGUGGUCCUCUUCCUCUAGUCGAAUAAUGGCUAGUUCCAAGGUGACCGCAUCGCGGCGGUUUGCGCAGCCGCUGGCGAGCGAGGGACAUGGUAGUGUUUUUCCGGUGGGGCUCCCGCUGUCCAAGAGACGAGCUUUCGAGGUGGAGAUCAUGAAGAGAUUUGACAGGCUGGACGUGAACACCCACGUAGGGGAGUUUUGGUUUAUUAUCGACGCGAUCUGGAUGUCCACCUGGGUAAAUUUCGUCAUGGGAAAGUCAGGUCCUCCGGGCCCCAUCUCAAACCACAACCUCUUCACCCACUACACCGGCAACAGACGCGAAUCUAUGCUCGUGCACCACGCCGCUUCCUCGGCACGCGGCGUCAUGGCAUCCCGGCCAGACCUCAAGCUGAAAGAAGGCCUGCGGAAAUUGAAGGACUACCGUGCGGUUCAUCCGCUGGUUUGGUACCUUUUCCGCGAGAUCUACUCGGCGGAUGAUGCCCCCGAAUUGUGCAGGUGGAAGGCCGACAUCUAUCUGGCCGAAGUCCAAAUCACGAGAAAGCUCAAGUGUUGUGAGGGAGCACACACCAAGGCGGUGUACGAGCUGCGCAGGUUCAGCACGAAAAUCAAAGAAGAUAUGGGUAUGGGGGAGUGAAUAUGCAACGACGGCUGGCCGAGCUUCCACCCUAAGCCAUUCAUAAGGCUGAAAUCGCGCUGAAACUGCACCGUUUUAGCUCCGCACGAACGCUGCUUAUGACGGUUUCGAGAUCGCCAAGAUCGAACACAGAUCAGGUCUUCGGACUUGGCUAUGGUAAGGCCUUUGCAAUAUGUUCGGAGCGGGAAUUCUGAUGUCUUGCUCUCCCCUCUUCCCCAUGUUGUUCGUAUCUACUCCACUGUAUUGCUUGUAAAAUAGGGAGUGUAGGGACCCGUUGAUGGUACUUGUAACAGGAUAGUGUCCUGAUCAAAUAAUUGGUAGGAUUUAGAACUCCCCGUUUUGCCUUUGUCCCAGUUUGGGGCAGGAAAUCCGAUGCGUGUACACUCUUGCGUGGCCCGCCUGUGGCCAGAGGAAGCGAUUAUGGGGAUGCUGUUUGUUGUACAUGUUGUCUUGUCCCCCUAAUGGCAGCCGCUUUGCAGUUUGGAAGUGGCAGCAGCCAUGAAACGUUGUGAAGUUGACGGUGUUGGACAGAGCGCGUUUGAAGCGGUAUGAUGAGACCGAGGUCGUAAUCUUGGUAUGUCAUGUUGUCGAUGGAGAAAGAGAAUGCGUGAUGGCCCUUUG